AUGGGUUGGAGACUUAAAGAAAACACAGAUUCUCUCUGGGUGUGGAAAGGAAUAAAAAGUGGCAUAGAACAAAUCCAAAAGAACUGUUUUUGGAAUCUAGGAAAAGGAGACAAAAUCAGCAUAUGGUCCGACUAUUGGAUUCCAGGGGUAAAGCCACCAAUCCCAGAUCCUAACAAUAACACUGAGAACAUAAAUUACGUAAAAGAUCUCAUCAACUCAAACAAAACAUGGGAUAAUAAUAUACUUAGAAGAUGUUUCAAUGCUGAUACAAUCAUAAAAAUCCAACAAAUUCCAAUACCAGUUGAUAACAGGGAUGACAAAUUUGUCUGGAACUUAACAAGUAAUGGCAAAUUCACGGUUAAAUCUCUCUAUAACAACCUAAAUUCUUACGAAACAGAUGGCAGAGACUGGAAUAAAAUCUGGAACUUGCAAGUUUCACCUUCAAUUAAGAUGUUUGUAUGGAAACUAGCUAACUCCAUACUUCCCAACAGUAUGCAGGUUGCUGCUAUCCUACCUAACAUAAAUAAAACUUGUCAAUUGUGUAAUGAACACAAUGAAACGAUGACACAUAUGUUCCUUGAAUGUAAGUUUGUCACUCAAGUGUGGAACCACUUAAACUUUAGUAUUUCAUAUGUUAGAGGGAAUGUCAUUGACUGUCAUGAAUGGAUGAAUAAUUGGUUUAUCAAUACUGAAAAAGAUGGCACGGCUAUGAGCUGGGAAGAUCUUUGUAGCACAAUAUCAUGGCACAUUUGGAAGGCCCGAUGUAACAAACUCCUAAGCAAGAAAGACCAAAAUAGUUGGAAGACUGCCAAAACUAUUGUGAAGUAUAUAAAUUCAUAUUUAUCGAUAAACAGCAGGGAUUACGAUAUCAUUCAAAGCAUGUACUAUGAUCCACUUAUAGACCAGAAUCUUCAUAUAACCAAAUUGACAACUUGGCACUAUCCUUGCUUCAUGAGAUAUAGAAUAAACAUAGCUUUAUCAAUGAUAACUGAUGUCUGUGACUCCGCAAUAGCUCUAACUCUAGUGGACGAUACAGGCACUUUCAAGGAAGCCAGAGGAGAAUCAUCGGGAUGGAACUCCAAGGAACUUCUUGAACUAAAUGGAGCAGAAUCAGCCUUCCAGUGGGAAACAGAACUAAAUGGCUACAAUAUUGAAUUUCAAUGCGACUCGGAACCAACUUUAAUGUUGCUGAUUGGAAUGUACGCUAAAUCCAGAGCAAACAGAUUCAAAGACAGUUCUUUUUUCGGAAGCCAGUACAACAAACCCCUAAAUUUUAAAGCUACUUCUUUUAUUUUAAUUAACAGACAAAACAAUGCACUGACUGCAAAUCUAGCUAUUUAUUUUAACAAAUCUAUCACUUUAGAUAGAUGA